AAAUGUGACAUAUGUUGUUGGCCAGACUAUAAAAAAUGUACAUAUUUGAUAAUUUUCAAUUAUUGCAAUUAGAUGCAUUUUUAUAAAAGUCAUUAGCCUAAAUAAUGUAAUCAAUUUCAAGUCCCCAGGCAUUUUUGUGGGCUGUUUUUGGGAUGACCGUUUGCUCUGCAUUGCGCCGUUUUUGCAACCUAGAUAUCAUUGGUAUUCUUAUCUCUCCUUUCACCGGGGCUACCACAGUCGGCAUUGUACCAAACGCUUUUCAACCUUUAUUGGAUUCAGUGCAUAUGUGAACUGCUCCGUCUAAGACAUGCAAUCCGAUCGUUGAGCAAUGGCCUUUUACAACCGAGAUAAUGUGUUCACAAGAGCCAAACAAGCGAAGAAGCGAAUUCACAUUGAUUUUAAACAAGAUGACCAAGCUGCGGACAUUUUAAGCGCUCCUCACAUACCACACCGCGAAGCAGAAAGCGAAAAAGCGCUGAACCAUACACCCAAGCAUGAAGCUCUAUUCGACACUGAUGACCCGAUUCAUUGCAAACGGAAACGAGGUGAGGACACCACAGUGAAGCCCGCGGAUGAUUCGAGUGAGGAUUUAAAAAACUCAUUGCCAACUUCUUCUCAUCAAGAGGAGUAUUUGGAACCAAAAAUUGAAACGGUUAUCGAAAGCACAGUGGAAACAAUAAGACCAUUUAACGAUAAUUUCGAAGUUCGGGUCCAGUUCAAUCAGGAAAAUGUUUUCACGAAGAUCACACAGGCGAUGAAACGGAAAGAGGAUGAUUCAAAACAAGAUAUUCAACUACUACAGCAAAAUGCUGACACAGCAACCAGCACAGAACUGCAUCUACGUGCAUCAGUCAUAGGAAAAAAUUCCGAGGACAUACAGUCGAAUGUUCUAAGGGCCGGCUCAAGCACAGAAAAACGAGUCGAAGGCAUCGCUCACAGGCCUGCAGAAGAUUCGGUUCAAGAAACACUGCCGACAAGGAUCAAUCCAAAUAGUCGAUUACAUCCGCCAGACUCAGAAGUUCAUAGUACUACACGGACAACGUAUGGCAGCGGGGAAACAGUGGGUAAUACUUACGUCAACCGUGUCUCGUACAACCGUGACAAUGUUUUCACAAAGGCCAAACAGGAAAAACGACGGAAUCAGAGCAAUUUGGAAGGAAAAGAUCAAAUACACCACCGACCUGUUGACAUUCCAACUGGUUCAGGGUUGCACCUCGAUGCGGUUGCCAAUGAAUUAAUUCAUACUUCUUAUCUGGGAAUGCAAUAUGACAUUGAUAACCAAACAUCUUUGAAGAAACAAGCAUGCGAAGUUGACGACUCGGUGAACUCUGUUGAUUCAAGGUUAACUUUUUCCUCAGUAGUACCGACAGAUCCAGGCUUAAAGAUAGUUGCUAACAAAAUGAGUUCGUCUUCCGAUACCCCCAGUACCAUACAUGAGCAGAUAGUUGAUGGAUGCGGGUACAGUUACAAGAAAACGGAAAACUGCUCACUACACGUAUCGGUUGAACCAACACAUUUAGAGAACAGUCAAAUAUGUGAUGAUUGGUCCCUCAUCUCAUUAAGCAACGUACCUUCCCUGUACACGGAACGAAUGGAUACUUCAAAAACUGUGGAUUCGUUAAAGCCAGAAAUUGAAAACGUUGACUAUUUUAUUAGAACGACGAAAUCGAAAUGCCAAGAUCCUACGGAUAUGAUUGAUUUUGAAUCGGAUUCUAGUCUGCAACCACAAAACACUACUCCUACUUUGAACAAUGCAGAGACGCAGCUCCAGAUACGUAACAGCAAUGUGUUUGGCGAAGAAACGAAUACAACUAUGUCUUCAGGAAAUACUAAGGCCAACCGUGUUUUAUACAACCGUGACAAUGUUUUCACAAAGGCCAAACAGCAGAAACGACGGAAUCAGAGCAAUUUGGAAGGACAAGAUCAAAUACACCACCGAAUUGCUGAAGUUCCAACUGGUUCUGGGAUGCACUUCGAUGCGGUUGACAAUGAAUUUAAACAUACUACUUAUCUGGAAGGGCAAUAUGGUAUCAAUGGUCGAUCAUCCAUGACGCAACAUGCAAGGGAAGUUGACGACUCGGCGAACACUGUUGGGUCAAGGUUAACUUCUUCCUCUGUACUGACGAAAGAUCCAGUCGUAGUGAAAGUUCCAAAUGAUAUGAGUUCGCCUUCCAACACCGCCAAUAUCAUGAAUGCAACUACGUCAUCCGGAAAUACUUCUGUUAACCGUGUUUUAUACAACCGUGACAAUGUUUUCACAAGAGCCAAACAGGAGAAACGACGGAAUCAGAGGAAUUUGGAAGAAAAACCUCAAAUACACCACCAAACAGCUGACAUUCCAACUGGUUCAGGGUUGCAUCUCGAUGCGGUGGACAAUGAAUUUAUGCAUACUUCAUAUCUGGGAGUGCAACCUGAUAUAUCAUCCAUAAAGAAACAAAAAAUGGAAGUUGACGACUCGGUGAACUCUAUUGACCCAAGGUUAAAUAUUUCCUCAGUAGUGCCGACAGAUGCAGUCUUUGAUAAAGUUCAAAAUGAAACGGGCUUGUCUUUCGAAACCGGCAGUAUCAUGAAUGCAACUACGUCAUCCGGAAAUACUUCUGUCAACCGUGUUUUAUACAACCGUGACAAUGUUUUCACAAGAGCCAAACAGGAGAAACGACGGAAUCAGAGGAAUUUGGAAGAAAAACCUGAAAUACACCACCAAACAGCUGACAUUCCAACUGGUUCAGGGUUGCACCUCGAUGCGGUAGACAAUGAAUUUAUGCAUACUUCAUAUCUGGGAGUGCAACCUGAUAUAUCAUCCAUGAAGAAACAGAAAAUGGAAGUUGACGACUCGGUGAACUCUAUUGACUCAAGGUUAAAUCUUUCCUCAGUAGUGCCGAGAGAUGCAGUCUUUGAUAAAGUUCAAAAUGAAACGGACUUGUCUUUCAAAACCGGCAGUAUCAUGAAUGCAACUACGUCAUCCGGAAAUACUUCUGCCAACCGUGUUUUAUACAACCGUGACAAUGUUUUCACAAGAGCCAAACAGGAGAAACGACGGAAUCAGAUGAAUUUGGAAGAAAGACCUCAAAUACAUUACCAAACAGCUGACAUUCCAACUGGUUCAGGCUUGCAUCUCGAUGCGGUAGACAAUGAAUUUAUGCAUACUUCUUAUCUGGGAGUGCAACCUGAUAUAUCAUCCAUGAAGGAACAAAAAAUGGAAGUUGACGACUCGGUGAACUCUAUUGACCCAAGGUUAAAUCUUUCUUCAGUAGUGCCGACAGAUGCAGUCUUUGAUAAAGCUCAAAAUGAAACGGGCUUGUCUUUCAAAACCGGCAGUAUCAUGAAUGCAACUACGUCAUCCGGAAAUACUUCUGUCAACCGUGUUUUAUACAACCGUGACAAUGUUUUCACAAGAGCCAAACAGGAGAAACGACGGAAUCAGAGGAAUUUGGAAGAAAGACCUCAAAUACACCACCAAACAGCUGACAUUCCAACUGGUUCAGGGUUGCACCUCGAUGCGGUAGACAAUGAAUAUAUGCAUACUUCAUAUCUGGGAGUCCAAUCUGAUAUAUCAUCCAUGAAGAAACAAAAAAUGGAAGUUGACGACUCGGUGAACUCUAUUGACCCAAGGUUAAAUCUUUCCUCAGUAGUGCCGACAGAUGCAGUCUUUGAUAAAGUUCAAAAUGAAACGGGCUUGUCUUGCAAAACCGGCAGUAUCAUAUUGAAACAGAUAACUGUUGGAUGUGAGGGCCAUUACAGGGAAGCCGAGAACUGCUCACAACAUGAGUCAUUUGAACAAGCAAAUUUAGAGAACAGUCCAAACUGUGAUGAUUGGUCUCUCAUCUCAUUAAGCAACGUGUAAGUUGAUAUAUGUACAUUUUCAAUUUCAUUUACUCAAGGAAACUAAUUGCAGUCCUUCCCUGUACACUGGACGAAUGGAUACUUCAAAACCUGUGGAUCCGGUUAAGCCAGAAGUGGAAAACUUUGACUCUUUUGUUCAUAUUAGAACGACGAAAUCGAAAUGCCAAGAUCCUACGGAUUUGAUUGCAUUUGAUUCGGAUUCUAGUCUACCUUAUGACAUGAAUCAUCGAAUCAAAGAAAACCUUCGAAGCAACGAGCAAGAAACGCCUGAAAAAAUGGAUUUUUCGCAGAUCUACAUGCAACAAACAGAAAACCAUACCACAAUCGCUGCAGGAGUAAUAAUGAAUUUGAACUCAGUACCUAUCAUAGGACAUUUUCAAACGGAGAUCCUGGCUUUACCCCCUACUCCUUACAGACAUUUAGUUACACCACAGAUCGAUGUUACCGAAAGUCAGGUCAAAUCCAACAGCAAUAGUGCUUACACGAAAGUCAAACAGCAGAGAAAUCCAAAUCAUUCCAAUAUGCCGCCGAUAUGGGACUACGGACUACAUCCGCAAAACAUUACUGCUACUUUGGAUAAUGCAGACACGCAGCUCCAACCGUCAACCGCAGAAAAGCGUACUAAUGCGGUACGUGGCACAGUGUUAAGCGGAGCAACGAAUGCAGCUAUGCCAUCGGGAAAUACCUAUGUCAACCGUGUCUUAUACAACCGUGAUAAUGUUUUCACAAGAGCCAAACAGGAGAAGCGACAAAAUCAGAGCAAUUUGGAAGGAAGAGAUCAAAUACACCACCAAACUGUUGACAUUCCAGCUGGUUCAGAGAUGCAGCACGAUACGAUUCACAAUGAAUUUAAGCAUACUCCUUAUCUGGAUGUGCAGUAUGACAUUGGUGGCCGAUCAUCCAUGAUGAAACCAGAAUGGAAUGUGGACAACUCGAUUAAACAUAACAGCUCACUAACGUUUUCCUCAAUGGAACCA